GCGAAUUCUGCUGUGUCAUUUACAAAAAGCUCUGCUUGCGACCAGUCAUUUGCUGUUUAAGGAUGUCUGGCGAACGCAAGGUGGACUUGACCUAUGAGGACAUCGUGGCCCUCAAAGACGAGAUUGUGCUGGUGGACGUGCGCGACCACAACGAGAUCGAGGAGACGGGCCAACUGCCCGGCAGCAUCCACAUUCCGCUGCCAGAGCUAAAAGAGGCGCUGCUUUUACCUCCCGAGGAGUUCAAGAAGAAAUACGACGGCGCCGCGCCUUUGAAAAACGCGCCGCUCGUCUUUUCCUGCCGCAGUGGAAACAGAAGUCGCAGGGCGAUGAACGCAGCCCUCGAACUCGGAUUCGCAGAGUCCAGGCACUACAUUGGAGGAUUUUUAGACUGGCAGGCCAAAACUCAGAAGUAAAAAUAAGAGUUUACAAUAAAUUAAUCAACAAAUUAAAAAAAAAAUGAUUCACAGAAGUUUUCUAUUUUCAAUAAACAUUAAAAUAAGAAUGUAU